AUGGCGGCAGAGGCAGACGACGUUUUUGACGAGCACAUGUUUGUAGAAGUUGCGGCACUUGUGCUGCCUGACGCAUUUGACGAAGGGGAAGAUGAUGACGAAGGAAGAAAAAGCCGAACGAUUCCGAAGGUCACCCACUAUGCCGAAGAAACAGUGCAAGCCAUGAGGGAAGACACCUUCAAGUCGCACUUUCGACUCCACAGGUCAACUGUAGAAAAGAUGGCAACGCUGUUGGCCCCAGCAUUAGAAUCUGCAACUAUUCACCCCGGACGGCCCACGAUUCCCGCUAUGAAGCAGCUUCUUGUUGUUAUCUGGUCGCUGGCGAAUUUGGAAUCCUUUAGGAGUGUUGGAGACCGCUUCGGUGUUGCAAAGUCUACGGUCUUCCAUUGCGUUCGGAGGGUUGGUUCGGCUCUCUUGGACAUGGCACGUCUCUUCGUGUCCUGGCCUAGCAACUGUCACGAUGCGUUACCCAUCAUACUUGGCUUCCAGGGUAAAUCUUGGUUUCCUAAUGUCCUGGGAGCAAUUGACGGGUCGCAUAUAGAAAUUACUGCACCUAAGGAGAACGCUUCCUCGUACGUCAACAGGAAGGGUUUUCACUCUGUGGUGCUACAGGCAGUUUGUGAUCAUGAGAUGCGGUUCUUGCACUGUUCAGUUGGUGAGGCAGGCUCAGUGCGUGAUGGACGCGUGCUUCGCCGUUCUGAGGUGUGUGGAAUGCUCAACUCAAAUCACUUCCCGCUGGACAGUUAUCUAGUGGGAGAUGCUGCCUAUCCCAUUGGCCCACAUCUCUUGACACCAUACAGAGACAAUGGUCACUUGACAGCCAAGGAAAGGAGGCACAAUGUGCAUCUUUCUAGGGCAAGGUUAACUAUCGAGAGGGCAUUCGGACUGCUGAAGGGUCGGUUCCGAAGGCUCUUUCGUGUGGAAACCCGACGACCAGACAUAAUUGUCACCAUCAUCAUUGUGGCAUGCAUUUUUCAUAAUGCUUGCCUGAUGUGGGGUGAUACAUUUGAGGAGCCACCAGCUGCUGACAGGCAGGAUGAGACGAGUGUCCCAGAGGACGAAACCCCUGCCGACGUAAGGAGGAUUGGCAUCCAGAAACGCGAGGAUAUUGCAAAUUCCUUGUAA